CUAAGAAAGUCCGCCCCAGAAAGUUAAAGAGCGCCCUUUACAGCUGAACUACCGAACGGCCAUUCGGAGAAUUCCUGUACUUCCCUUUUUAUGGAACAUCGGAGCAGUGGCCAGUGCUGGUUUGGGGACUUUCCAGGGAAGCCCUAAAUUGAUGACCAUGAGUGCUGCCAACCCCCUUUAUAAAGCAGACUAUGGGAGCUGGUGAAUCACACGGCCAUCAAUUCCAUCCUGGUACAGGACAAGAUGAAGGCAGCGCUCUGCGUGGUCGCAAUGUUGGCAGCUCUGUGGAUCUGCUGUUUCAAGCAAGCUGCACCCGCCCCGGCUUCAAUCAUAACGCUAGAAUGCUGUGAGAGGUUUAGGACCACGCCCAUUCCUCGCAAGAGGCUUAAGAGCUACACGGAAGCUCUCUUGUGCCCGACACCUGCUGUCAUAUUCACCAACAAGAGGAAUAUGAAGAUUUGCGCUAGAGCCAAGGAGGAAUGGGUUAAAGAGUCAGUGGAGUACCUGGACAGGAAACAACAGGGUGGCAAAGACGAAGUGAAAUCUCCAGACUUCAACGAGGUCUCAAGAGCUAGUUUUGAACGUGGGUUCAAUUCUUCCCGGCUCCCGAAUGGAGGUGAAACUUCAGCAUCGACUCGGGAAGUUGACGCUGGUGCCCAGUGAAGAAAGAGAGCUGAGUUUGAAUCAUAUUCACAGUUUACAGACAGACAGCCAGGAAUACUUUAUUCAUCCUGAGGGAAAUUGGGUUUUCGUGACAGUCUCACCAACCAAGAAUAGUGUCGAAAUCUAGCAAUAUAAAACCAUAAAUAAUUAAAUAAUGAUGAGUAAAUUAUGCCAACUGGACAUUAGUCCGGGACCAGCCUAUUGACUCAGGGUGUCUGACACUCCGAGGGAGGAGUUAAAGCCGUGUCUGCAUGUUUCAUUCAGAGGUCAGAUUAGGACCCGGUGCGUUAUAGUAUCAUAAACCUACGAUGUUAACUGGAUCUCUAUCGCGUGUUGUAUGGAGUUGUUAAAUUGAUCUUAAUUUGUUUGUACAUUUGUUAAGUAUUAAUAAAGAUUGAAAGUGA